GAGCGCACUAAAGGGGCGACGGUCCGCUCCACUACACUGAAGUAGGGAUGUCUACAGUGGAAGAAGAAGAAGGGGGAGGGUACCACUUUGUCACAGGCUGCUAUGUAGAUUAACCUUUCAAUUAGUUGUUAUCAGGUCCUCUCUAUGUCUCGGUGCGAGCUUUUCAGCCUUCGUUUAAGAGAUCAAAUACCACGAAAUCGCACGGAUAUGUCGCCGCACGUUUAUCCUUCGACGUUUCAAUCAUCCCGAUAAUGAAGAGGAGUAUCCGAGGGGGGGAAAACUUGAAGAGAUUUGAACUGGAACUGCAGUAAAUAAUGCUCCAGGUCAUUUAGUAACUACCAUUGUGGAAUUUACUAGUGCCAUCUUUUCACCAAGUCCCAUGUGAGAUAUCCAGGAUUGAAAAAAAAAAAAAAAAGAAAGAAAUCUGGAUGCUGGGGCGGAACAUAACUUUUUGACCUUAUCAAAGAUGUGGAUGUACCAAAUGUUUUGCAGCAGAAAGGGGGAAUCUGUAUGGAUCACUUUUUCCUGAAUCUAAUCAUUCAACCAUGGUAAAACUUGCAAACCCUCUGUACACGGAGUGGAUUCUUGAAGCAAUACAGAAGAUCAAAAGGCAAAAGCAGAGGCCCUCGGAGGAGAGAAUUUGUCAUGCAGUGGCAACAUCACAUGGACUGGACAAGAGGACCGUUCUUGAGCAGUUGGAAUUAAGUGUUCAUGAUGGCUCUAUUCUCAAGGUUACAAAUAAGGGGAGUGCCUCAUAUAAGGACCCAGGACACCCUGGCAGAGUUGGAUCACUCCUACCUGCAAAUGUCACCGUGCCAUCAAAGGGAUCUAUAUGGAAUUCAAGCGACCUGCGCCAUAUUGAUUGGAAUAAAUUUCUUAAGAGGGCCAUUGAGGGCCUGGAUGAUACCCAUGGCUCCUCACUGAAGAACAUUGAGAGGUACCUGAGGAACCAGGAUGACCUAUCAAACAUUGUCGACAACCCUGCGUUCCGGCAGAGGUUGCGGCUGGCAGCCAAGCGGAGCGUCAACAAUGGCAGGUUGCUAAAGAACGGUCCACGGUAUAAGCUCAGCCAUGGAAAUACAGAGGGAAGGGGCGCCAGGUGUCCAAGUGCUUCCCCCUUGGUCCUGUCAUCAGUGACACUUCUGCCCCAUGAGAGAGACCAGCUCCGGGUCGACCCCAUCCCAAUAUGCAGUUUCUGUCUGGGAACGAAAGAGUCAAAUCGGGACAAGCGGCCAGAGGAGCUGCUGUCUUGCGCAGACUGUGGGAGCAGUGGGCAUCCAUCAUGUCUGAAGUUUUCCCCUGAGUUAACCUCAAAUGUGAAGAGAUUACGGUGGCAGUGCAUUGAAUGCAAAACGUGCAGCUCCUGUCGAAUACAGGGGAAAAAUGCUGAUGAGAUGCUGUUCUGCGAUUCAUGUGAUCGAGGUUUUCACAUGGAAUGCUGUGACCCACCGCUUUCAAGAAUGCCAAAAGGAACUUGGAUCUGCCAAGUGUGCAGGCCAAAGGAGAACGGGAAGAAAUUGCUGCACAAGAAAGCCGAUCAGAUCAAACGUCGAUAUGCAAAGCCUAUUGGAAGGCCCAGAAAUAAGCUCAAACAAAGAAUGUCUGUAACCAGUGGUGACGGCUCCAUGGUAGCACUUGGAGGAAGGGGGUCACCUGGUAGGGGUCAAAAGAUUACCGUCUGUUCCACACCUUCAUCUGGUCAUGCUGCAUCUGUGAAGGACGCCAGAGACAGAUUGGCUGUUGCAGACCCCUGUUGGGCGGGCGACGCCACCCAAUUCACCACCUCCACCCCCACCACCCCUCCCCCCUUCACGCCCACCUCCACCCCAGCUACACUCACCGUUAACAAGAAAACCAAAGGGCUUAUUGAUGGGCUUUCCAAAUUCUUUACCCCCUCCCCCGUCGGCCGUAGAUCGCGAGCUAUAGCCUUAGAGUCGCCCGCCAAACAGUCUAGGGACAAGGGUCCACAGAAACUGUCCAAGCCACCCCAGUCGGUUGCCUUCGUUGCUGACACCACUCAAAAGCUAACUCCCUCGCCCUCUGCACUUCCACCCCCGCCCACGUUGCCAGGACUUAGCCCCCCCACCCAGGUGUCCAACAGCUCAACCUCUGCUAACUCGCCCCAGAGCUCUUCCAGCCAGUCUAGUGUUCCCUCCCUGAGUAGUCUCUGCAAUAGCAACCAACUUAAGGGACUCUUUGAUGGACUCUCACACAUAUACACCACUCAGGGACAGUCGCGGAAAAAGGGACUACCUUGCUACGCACCGCCUAAGCGCAUGCACCGUAAGCAGGACUUGUCCUGCACAUCCAAAACGGGCCCCCAGCGCCUUGGAAAGAAAGAUUUUAAUAAAAAUAGGUUACUGUCUCACUCCACAUCUGCUGGGCCAGGCCGACCCAGAGGACACCCAUUUAAGAUGGUCAGUCAUUUCAAACGUAACCCCUUUCUUAAAAAGCACAGGACACUAGGCAGGCUGAGAUAUAAAGUGAGCCCUCAGAAGGGAGCCCCCUCACCAGGAAAGGGAGACUUGACAGACGGAAGAAUUAAGCCUGAGCACAAUCAUGGCCACAUGGGUGAGCUGCGGGUGAAGCAGGAGGCCCAAGCUGGCUUUGUGGCCAUGUCCAGAGACCACGUGACAGACGAGGAUGUGGAGAUGUUCACACGCGUCCAGGAACUCUCUGCGCAGAGAACUGGAUCUUUGAUGAACACCGACUCCACGCGAUACCCUGCCAUCAUUGAGUUCGGGAAGUAUGAGAUUCAAACAUGGUACUCGUCACCUUACCCCCCUGAAUAUUCAAGAUUGCAAAAGCUUUAUCUGUGUGAGUUCUGUCUGAAGUACAUGAGAAGCAAAAACAUUCUCCAGAGACACACAAAGAAGUGUGGCUGGUUCCACCCACCAGCCAAUGAGAUCUACAGAAAAGAUGAUCUUUCUGUGUUUGAGGUUGAUGGAAAUGUCAGCAAACUAUUCUGCCAAAACCUCUGCCUGUUAGCCAAGCUUUUCCUGGAUCACAAGACCUUGUAUUAUGAUGUGGAGCCUUUCCUCUUCUACAUACUUACAAAGAAUGAUGAGAAAGGCUGUCAUCUUGUGGGCUAUUUCUCCAAGGAAAAGCUUUGCCAGCAGAAGUACAAUGUCUCCUGCAUAAUGAUCAUGCCUCAGUACCAAAGGCAAGGAUUUGGAAGGUUCCUUAUUGAUUUCAGUUACCUUCUCACCAGGCAAGAAGGACAAGCCGGCUCCCCGGAGAAGCCGCUGUCAGAUCUGGGUCGCUUAUCCUACCUGGCAUAUUGGAAAAGUGUCAUACUGGAGUACCUUUAUAAGCACCCAGAUAAACACAUCAGCGUUAAAGGAAUAAGCAGGGCCACUGGGAUGUGUCCGCAUGACAUCGCCGCUACUCUCCAGCAGCUCGGCAUGAUUGACAGACAGGAUGGCAGAAUUGUGGUGAUCAGAAGAGAGCGAUUGAUCCAGAGGCAUAUGGAGAGGCUGCAGGCCAACCCGCGUUUGAACGAAGUGGACCCCGAUGCCCUCCGCUGGACACCUGCCACGACCCUCAACGCCGUCCUGUCUGAGGAGGAGAGGGAGGCAGAGAUGGAUGCUGAGCGGCUGAAGGAGCAGGCCAGUUGCUGGGAGAAGGAGGAGAGAGAGGGCUACAUGAUGACACAUGGAAGCAGACAUCCCCCUACCAAAGUCCACUGCAAGGUUCCCUACAGGACCUACGAGCGCCGUCCUGCACUCUCCUGGGACAGGCGCCUUAAGGCAGCAGAGGACAGAAGCGAGGAUGACGAAGCCGAUGACGAUGACGAGGACGAGGACGAUGAUGACGAUGACUCCGAUGGCUCACCACCCAUCCUGACAAAAGCCCAUGCAAUGCUUGCAGCCAAGAGAAAGAGAACCAUUGUGCUCAAGAAGAGAGGGCGUAAGAGAAAACGAAUAAACAGCAGUGUAACAACAGAAACCAUCUCUGAGACAACGGAGGUGCUGAACGAGCCUUUCGAUAACUCUGAGGAUGAGCGCCCCAUGCCACUGCUGGAGCGCACCUGCAGAGUGGGCGAGAUGGAGGAGGAAGAGGAGGAGGAGGACAAGACACCGAUUAUACCAGUGAAACGCCGGAGAGGUCGCCCAAGACUGGAGAAAAAUGUACAGAAGGACAGUCUUGAACACUGGAAUGAAGGAGCUGACCUGCUCUCCAAGAGACCCAGCAGGCCACGUCCAGUGAAACGAAAGAAAGGCUGGCCCAAAGGAGUGAAAAGAGGCCCUCCCAAAUGGAGGCUAAAGAAUGAGCGGAAGAUGGGCUUUAAGCUCAACCUUUACACUCCCCCUGAAACUCCGAUGGAGGCUGAGCAGCACCACAUCGAGACUGAGGAGCCAAAGGACGAGCCGGACCAGGACCCUGUCAGCACAGAGGAGGGUAGCAAAGCCGACAGGGACUUUGCUAGUCCUGAUACGACGCUAGAGAGGCUCCUCUCUGAGCACCAAAGUCCUGUCGACCAUGGCUCCCAUAAGAUGAGCUCCCCCGAGGGCUCCCCCAUGGCGUCUCCAGUGUGCUCUCCUGUGGGCUCCCCCGCUGCCACAUCCCCCAGGCAGGAGGACAGAGGCGCAUCCCCAGAGCCGCCUGACGAUGACCCGCAGGAGAGCGAACACGAGCAGGACUCCCCAGCCAAAGACCUGGACCACAGCACCGAGGAUGCCAUAUUACUGGACAACGACAAUGAGGAAGAGGAGGAGGAGGAAGAGCAUAGACCUCACAUUGAGGAUCAGGAUGCAGAUGAUGAAGAUGACAGCCACAUCAAAACAACAGAACCUGAGAAUAGCAAGGCAGAGCUAGAGUCGAGUUUGAAAGAAAUACCUGAACGCAGCCUGCCUUUUUUAGAUCCAAAAGAAGACAAUGACUCUGAGUUGAGUCAGCAGGUCUCUACAGUACUUUGUAGUGAAGAGCUGCCAGCUACCAAUGCAGAAAGCAUCCAGGAUGCCAUGACAGAAACGGCAGUAGCAACAGCAACAACAACAACAACAGCAGUAGCAGUCGCUUCAGUAGCAGCCUUAGACUCUGAUAACCCUGUGGAUUCUGAGUCAGAGGAGGAGAGCACUCCCAGUCCUUGUCCUGAUCACCCUCCUCCUCAGCCGUUAGAGAGACCAGCACUCAGUCCUGUGCUGAGGGAGGAUCCUCCAAUCUGCCCAGAGAUUGAUUCUGAGACAGCCCAGGCUGUUCAGUCCCUAACCCAGGAGACUGAGCGGGAGAAUGUGUUCCAGGACUGUGUGGAGAGCCAGGAAGCCUGCAGAAACCUCCAGACGUAUGCCCACGUGGCCCAAAGCCCUCAGCUCACCUCGCUGGACGAUUGCCCCCAGUCAGACCACAGCAGUCCCCUCUCCUCGGCACACUCACACCCCAGCCAGUCUGUACGCUCUGUCAACAGCCCUGCCGUCUCCAUCCUGGAGAGUGGUUAUACUCAGAUCAGCCCGGACCACAGUGCCAUCUCGGUGCCCUCGCUCCACAACAUGGAGACCAGCCCCAUGAUGGAUGUGCCGUCAGUGUCGGACCACUCGCAGCAGGUGGUUGACAGCGGCUUCAGUGACCUGGGCAGCAUCGAGAGCACUACAGAAAACUACGAGAACCCCAGCAGCUACGAUUCCACCAUGGGGGGCAGCAUCUGCGGAGCGGGCCCCUCCCAGAACAGCUGUUCCUAUGGCAGCAUUCCUCCCAGCGGCCUGGCCCAGAGCAGCUGUGCCGUGAGCCAGCAAAUGGCUGCUGUGAACCCGGGCAGCUGUGGCAUGAUUCAGCAGAACAGCCUCAGUUCGCCGCAGCACUGCAAUGUCAAGUCACCCCAGGGCUGCGUGGUGGUGGAGAGGCCCCCUAGCAACAGCCAGCACAGUCAGCACACUCAACACAGCCAGCGCAGCCAGCACAGUCAACACAGUCAACAUAGUCAACACAGUCAACACAACCCCCACAGCAGGCAUGGCCCACACAAUCAACACAGCCAACACAAUCAGCACGGUCCACACAAUCAGCUUAGCCAGCACAGUCAACACAAUCCUCACAACCAGCAUAGUCACCACCACAAUCAUCACCUCCAGCACAAUCAGCUCAGCCAGCACAAUCAGCAUGCUCAGCAUAGCCUUCACAAUCAACACGGUCAACACAGCCAGCAGCAGCCUAUGGCGCAGUGUGCCAUGCCCACCAACUUUGCCACCCCUAUGCAGCUGGCAGAUAUUCCUGAAUCUGGCAACCCCAACCUUGCCAUUUAUGAGCGGAUGAACCAUCAGGGGGAAUACGGCAGCGGCCACUACUCUCAGCCCACUGCCACCUUCAGCCUGGCCAAACUGCAGCAGCUCACCAACACGCUGAUGGACCAUCCUCACUCGCUGCCUUUCAACCACUCGGCCUCGCACCCCAUCACAUCUUAUGCAAACAGCCCCUCCCUGUCGUCACAGCACUCUGGCCUGGUGUCCUUGUCCCAGUCCCCGCACAGGGUCCCCAACCCCCAGGUGCAGGCCACCAUGACCCCCCCCCCCAACCUCAGCUCCCCGCCCCCCAUGAUGCUGCAGCGCAACAUGGGCAUCCCCCCGUCCCAAAGGAUCCAGACUCAGAUGGCCUCCAAGAGCCACAUCUCCAUGCGCUCCAAGUCGGCCCCGCUGUCCCACCACCAGCAACAGAUGUACGCCCGGCCUCCCCAGACUGUGGCCAUGCAGGCGCCUUCCAGGACGCUGGCAGCCAUGCCGCGCAUGAACAUGAGCGUAAACAUCAUGCCGGCACCGGCCUACAAUGUCAACUCGAUGAACAUGCCCUCCCUCAAUGGCUACAGCAUGAGCCAGCCCAUGAUGAACAGUGGCUACCAUGGUAACCAUGCCUAUAUGAACCAGUCACCCCAGUACUCUAUGCAGAUGGGCAUGAUGGGAACACAGCCAUACCCCCAGCAGCCCAUGCAGGCUCCACCACAUGGCAACAUGGUGUACACUCCAGCUGGUCACCAUGGCUACAUGAACACAGGCAUGUCCAAGCAGUCCCUCAAAGGGCCUUUCAUCAGGCGGUAACUCUCAGUUGGACUGGGCUGGUUCUUCUCGUGUGCAUUUUACUAUUUGGAGAUGCACAGAUUUGGCCUUUUUUUCGUUGGUGUCUUUUGUUAUCAUUAUUACUUAAAAACCAGCAACACUUGGAAAGAAUGCAAAAAUUUUCAUCAAUGAGUAAACUUUGAAGCUAUGUAUAAGUAUUUUUGUUCCUCCAGAUGGGAAGCCUUACAUCAUUACGAUGAAAAUCUAUUUAAUUAGUGUUAGUGUCUCUGAUGUGUCUUUAGAGCAGGUGGGUUCAGAGCUCGGAGGUAGAGAUAUCAUCAGUGGUAUUGCAGUUGUGUAGCAGCCUCAAAUGAAGCCAUUUAAUGUGCCUGCUACAAGUGGAGUUAGUGGCUAUUUGAACCUGUUCAGUGUACCUGUCUAACAGUGCUGACAAUUAGUUUGUACUAUACUCAUGCCUUUGUAUAUUUAAAUUAUUGUACUUAUUUUGUAAAGUGACAACUAGCAUGCUUCAGUCUCUGUUAGUGACAGUGCAUUGAGUAGUACUGUACAAGUGUUGUGCUUAAUAGCAAGCCAUUUUAAAUAUAUCUGGCCUUUAUUAGGUUUCCCUCCACAGGGAGAAAGAUGAAACUAUAUUUUGUUAAUUCUAAUAAUGUAAAAAAAUGUAAACUUAGUCCUGUUUUCUGUUCUGUUUGAGAGGUUUUAUUGCUAUGUAUGUAUAAUUCUGAAGUCUUUUGUAACAGAUCUCCUUGAGGCAGCUUUCUGUUUUAUAAAGCAGACUGAUUUCUGUCAAAAUAACAAAGCAUAUCUCAGUGUUUGUACCCUGACAAUUCUAAAACAUUUCAGUGUCCGGAAGUGUGGCAGAAUUUAAAAGAACUAAAUGAUUAUAAUGAUGAAUAACAAUAAAGAAAAUAUAAAUUUAGUCCAAAGUUGAUAUUUUACAUAAUGCCUUUAAAGUUACAUUUUCAUUCCAUCUGUAGAUUUGUUUUCUAUCUUUAUAAAAUGUUGGAUUUAUAUUUUACCGAAGUGUAGAAGAGUAGAGCCUGUGAAUAGACCAAACUAAGCUAAUGGAUUGCAUGUAAAACGCAACUUGUACUUGUGUUUUUGUUUAUAUUGCUCUUUUGUAGCCUUUGUACCUGUACAGAGUUGCUGGUAAGAACAGGGGGGAAAUACCUGGCUAUGUGCACAAAAAUUGGGACAGAAUGACAUUCUUGUAUUUAUGACUUUUCUCCUUUUGUCAGUCACUUAAAAUGCUGUACAUUUUAGCAUAAGAAUAAAUUAUGAUUGACCAUGUACAUGAUUCUGCUCUAUUGAUUUAAAUCAUUUACUGGAGGUGACAAAUGCUGAAAGCCUUUAUCCCCCUUGAGAGUUUUGUUUAAAAAGAUAGAUUUUGAAUCAACAGUAAUGCAAGCAGUUCUUUUCGCUACAGAAAAUCACUUUGACGUAAUAAAGCAAACCCUCAUGUUACUUCUACUUGUUAGCCUAUCUUCUCUGUGCACAUGCAGUAUUUGUGUAUUUGAUUCAAAUUAAAUGCUUCCUUUGGGGCGCGUCAUGUUUCA